AUAUAUACCGUAAAAUAUUAGGAAUUAAUACCUAUAUAUAUACGACCUCAUUUCAAGGGUUUUCAUAGAACCAAACACACAGAUCACACUCAUCACAAAUCUUGAUCUUAAGAGAAAGAGUACUAAAAAAGAAAUGAGUAUCUGGAUUCCAGCAAGGGAGAUUUCAAUAACUUGGUCUCAUGAUACCCGGUACUGGAACUGGACUCAAGAUGAUUCCUGCAGUGCGGAGGUGGCGGUACUAGAAAGCGUGUGUUGGAUGGACAUAUGGAAGAACGUGAAUUUGAGGAGCCUGCCAUUGAAGACAAGCUAUUCAGCUUACCUGGUGUUCAAGCUGAAAGACGACGCCGUAAAUCUCGAGAGGGUUUUUGCGUCGGUGAGAUACGUGAAGGAGAUUAGCGAAGGAUGUAUAGACCAAGGAUACACAGUGCUGAUUGAUACAAAGUCGUGCGACGAGGGAGCGAAGGGGCGGUACCCUCACGUGCGCCGCGACGGUUGGUCGGAGAUUCAGCUCGGUGAGUUCUUCAACAACCUCGGAGACGAUGGUGAAGUUGAGUUGAGGCUUUUUGAGAAGGACGAUUUAAAGUGGAAAUCUGGUUUGAUUAUCCGAGGUAUUGAUAUCCGCCCUAAUUAAUUAUUUCUAAUUAAUUAAUUAAGGAUCCAAAAUAAUUAUUGGAUAAUAAUGCAAGAAUAUUAAUAAUGUAAUUUCCAGCUGGCUUUUUUUUUUUUGUUCUGUUAUUUUUGGUUGCAUCAAUUUUCUGCAGUGUUGGCUUGCUUGCUCUUCUUCCCUUUGUAAUAAUAAAUAUUCUUGUACGUUGCUGUGUUGGUUUAUAUAAUAUUGAUUAUUGAAAA